UGGCAGGGUACAGAGGUCAUCCUGAGGAUAGGGCUGGAACACCCCCAAGCAGCAAAGCUUUUCUGUGUACACCUCUCUCCAUCUGUUCCAUCCAGCGCUCUGCAGACAUGGAUGGCUUGGCCUUUUCUGCACUGACACAUUCAGCUUCUCUCAAGGAAAAUGAAAACUAGACAUCACAUGGUGCAUACAGACUUUCCACGUGCUGUUUUAAAAGAAUAGCCUUUGACCAAGAAUAAAAAUUGUCGUCAGAAUAAUAUGCGAACAGAUCAUGAAGAACUCUGUGGCACCAGUUAUGGAUCUUUUUGUUUAAAUGGUGGGAUUUGUUAUAUGGUACCUACUGUAUCCAGCCCUUUUUGCAGAUGUAUUGAAAAUUAUACAGGAGCCCGUUGCGAAGAAGUUUUGCUGCCCAACAUCAAGACCCAAGCUACAGUUGACCUGUUUGCAGCUUUCUUGGCUUCAGUUGUUCUUCUAGGGGUACUUGUAAUUGGAACAUUUUACUUCUUUUGCAGGAAGGCCCACGUUCCAAGGACCAGUUCAACUGAGUGUGGUGCCAGCUUGACCGAGACCACCAGCAGCAAUGGCUGCAACAAAAUAACAGAAUAAAGCAAUAAAACAGAGGAAUCAUGGCAGAGCAAUGUGCAGAGCAACCAUAAACAUAUAACAGGUGUAUGGGAGAGCAUGCUAAGCAGGAUGUGUGAAGAAAAAAUUAGAAACAAAUAGGGGGUUUGCUAAUGUGCUGGGAGAGAUCUGCAGCUAGGCCAUAAGGAAAAACAGUUACAUUUCUCAGAGUUUCAAGCUGUUUGCAAAGGGAAAUUGUAUGGAGAGCACUUGGACCAGCUUUUGACUGUGGGAUUUUUCCC